CGGGGGCGCGCUCGGGGCAGCGCGCGGCUCCGGCCUCUGCCCGGGCAGAUCCUGCCCCGCCGGCGCCUCUCCCGCUCCUUCUCUCCUCCCUCCCGCCGCGAGCAGCCGAGGGCGUCCUCCAUGCGGGAGAAGAGGAGGAGGAGGAGGAGGUGGGAGCUGCUCGCCGGCCAUCCCCGGCGCCCGGCAAGUCGGAGCCGACCCGCCGCCGCGCCGCUGCUGCCGCAUCUCCCCGCGGCGCGGAGCCGGCGCUGAGCCCUGCCCGCCGCGCCGCACCCGCACCCCUCCUCGUAGUCUUACCCCCAUCCUCCUUCCAGUCUUCCCAGCCCCCUCCUCCUAGUCUUCCCCCUCCUUUUUUUUUUUUUUAUCCCCCUCCCGCCCCCCCGCGCCCCCAUUUGGUUCUCACCCUGGCCGCGAGCAAAGCGUCUUCAUGAGCGCAGAGGAUGUCCGGGAAGCACUACAAGGGGCCUGAAGUCAGUUGUUGCAUCAAAUAUUUCAUCUUCGGCUUCAAUGUCAUUUUCUGGUUCCUUGGCAUAGCAUUUCUUGGGAUUGGAUUGUGGGCAUGGAAUGAGAAGGGAGUGCUGUCCAAUAUCUCCUCCAUCACCGACCUGGGAGGCUUUGAUCCUGUUUGGCUCUUCCUAGUGGUGGGAGGAGUAAUGUUCAUUUUGGGAUUUGCAGGAUGCAUUGGAGCUUUACGAGAAAAUACUUUUCUCCUCAAAUUUUUUUCUGUAUUUCUUGGAAUUAUUUUCUUCUUGGAGCUGACUGCUGGUGUUCUAGCAUUUGUUUUCAAAGACUGGAUAAAGGACCAGCUGUAUUUCUUUAUAAACAACAACAUCAGAGCAUACCGAGAUGACAUUGAUUUGCAAAACCUCAUAGACUUCACGCAGGAAUAUUGGCAGUGCUGUGGGGCUUUUGGAGCUGAUGACUGGAACCUUAAUAUUUACUUCAAUUGCACAGAUUCCAAUGCAAGUCGAGAGCGCUGUGGUGUGCCAUUCUCUUGCUGUACUAAAGACCCUGCUGAAGAUGUUAUUAAUACUCAGUGUGGCUACGAUGCAAGGCAAAAACCAGAAGUUGAUCAGCAGAUUGUUAUCUACACUAAAGGCUGUGUCCCUCAGUUUGAGAAAUGGUUGCAGGACAACCUUACCAUAGUUGCUGGUAUAUUCAUUGGGAUAGCAUUGCUGCAGAUAUUUGGGAUAUGCUUAGCCCAGAAUUUGGUUAGUGACAUUGAGGCUGUCAGAGCCAGCUGGUAAAACUGCUGAAGUAACCACAACAAGACACUGGACAACCGAAACCCUCUGAAACCUCCAGUGUGUCACUCCGACACCAAGCUGUAUGGACAUGGGUGACAGGGAAGCCUUCUCUCCAGAGCAGUCUCAAGUCUAAGUUCCUGAUAUUGCAGUGAACUUGUGUUUCUUUGGGGUGGGGGAGAGAAGAGUGGGCUAUUGAAAAUCUGCUGCUCACUGACAAUUUUUUUUCUUUUAAACCACCACUUUGAAAGCUGUUGAGCCGUGAAUCUCUACUGUAUUCUUGAUUUUGAGUAACAAGUGGACACUUUUUUAAAUUGGUGUAUUCAGUGAGACAGAGUUGCAUCGUUGUAGUCUGUGGAUAUGCUGUUUAUUCUUCAUGUCAUGAGCUCUUUGGUAGCUGCCAAAUAUUCCUGAGAUAGUCUGUCUCAUCACCACUCCAUAAAGGAGCAAUCUUCUUGUUUUCACAGCUAAACGUAGCUACAGGCAUAAACCCAUGAAGCAGGAAGCAACUUUCUAUGCAUCUAUUGUACAGUAAAAGAAAUUGUUUUUAAAACAAGGGAAAUUUUUUUUUAUGUAAGCUUCCAACCAUCUCCCUGUAGUACCUUGAGGUUGGAAUCAGCAAGCUCACAGGGAGAAUUGCCUAAUUUUAUCAAGAUCUUUCUUCCUUCUCCACCCUUGUAUGAUGGGAAAGGAGUUUUAUAUUUGACAAACAAGGGUUGUAGAGCCUUUGGUUGCUGCCAUACCUUUGGACAUCAGUCUUUUAAGGCAAGGAUGGGAUAUAACUGUAUAAAUGUAUGAAAGCAGUGUGGAUGUUGGGUCCAAGUGAAGAAUAAUAUUCAAAGAAUGAUUUAUAUAUUAACUUAAAAAAAAUCAAAACAUAUGUAUCUGAUAUGGCAAAAUCUUCUGUUUCUCUGAAAUUUAGUGUAACCUAAUGUUUUUAGGGAUCUUGCUGAUAUUAAUGCUUUGAAAUACUCCUGCAAAAAUUCCUUUUUUUGUCUGUUCCUAGCUGAGGCUUUGGUCUUUCUUUUUUUCUUUUUCUUUUCACUUGCAUGAGCUGUGGAGUAAGCAUCUGUGACACUCCAGUGCUUUAAAUUCGUGCAUAUGUUUUAAUACAGUCUAAUCCAAUCUUAUUUAUUGGUAAACGCAUGUGAUUAUGGAAAGAUCAUAUCCCAUUCUCUUGGAAGUUGGAGAGAACAGUUUUUGCCAGAGUAAAUGCAUACCUCCAGUGAACAAAUCCUUGCUAUGGAGAUGUCUCCCUUUCUUGCUCUAAAGGCAACAAAAAGCUUUCUUGAUGCAAUGGAAUAAAAGUUUUAAAAUAGAAGUGUUUAUUAGGAUCAGCCAAGACAGACUCUUUUGAAUUGGACAAAAGAGAGUAGAAUUUGGAAUAAAGCACAACUAGUGGAAGAAGGCUUACAUCAGGUUCCAUCCAGCUUAGGCUUUUUGAUUUGUCCUUCUUCACUAACAGUAGUGAACUUACAGACCUGACCAUGGCUUGGGUAGUUUUAUUGCACUUUGUAUAAAUUUAGCUUGUUUUAUGACCUUUCUCACUAUCUGCAGAACUAGUCCUGAAAGCUGUAGGUUCUCAGCUCCUGCUUUGGUCAGACAGUGACAAAGGGUGUGCAGCACCUCUUUGUAAGAACUUAACAUGUUUCUAAGUUGAGUUUCCUAAAACAUGAGGUAUGUGGAGUAGAAGAGAUGAAUGCAUUGCUUUCAAAGCUUUUCUGUUCUGGGGGAUGGAUAGAAGGCUGAUCUGAUGACCUGUUAAGGCCCUUUCUGGUCCUGUGACUCUUAAACAAAUGAGUAUAUAUACCCUUGCACGUUUUGCCUUUCUGUGCUUUAGCUGGCCAUGUUUUUUUUCCCCUCUGAAGGCUGGUGAUAGGCACACCAGCACUUCACAGAUGCCUCAGACAGACCUGUUGUCCUCCUGUCUUUGAGCAUUACCUCAUCCUCUUCUGGUUAACUCCCACUGACUGGCUCUGAAUCAGGCAGCCUCCAUAUCCCUUGCUAUCUGCUGUUAAAGGCCAGCCAUGACUCAGAGUAUUUUUUUAAAGCCUUUGAAAGCAAUUAUAAUUCACUGUCCUUAAUAAAAUUGGUUCCACCUCACCACAGUGUUAUGUUUUUCUUAGCCACUCCUCAACUUGAGGAGUUACUGAUGUUUGUUUUGCCCCAAAAGGGACACACCAUUUUGCCUGAUAGCGGCAGGACAGGUAUUGCUGCACUGAAACAAAAUGAUGCAGGGAGGAAUCAGGGAAGCAGGGUUGAGGAAGUAACCCUUCCACCAAAGAGCCUUGAUUGUGACCCAGGGCUUUGGUUUGGAGGAAAAAAAAGCCCAAUUACAGAAACAUUCCUUGUUGCCACUGAUCUUGAAUACUGCUGUUGCUGCUCUGGGCUUCUGAAGACAGCUUCGUUCUUCUACUUGAAUUUCUGCAGUUGUACUGUAUUGGCCUUUUGUCUUGUCACGCUGUUCUCUCAGUUCCAGUCUGCUGAAUGUGCUGUUGGCAGUGUCAGACUGAUAGGAGGGUAGAUCCUCUGAGGUGAGCAAAUCUUGUUCUCACUACUUGCAUGUGUACACACAGAUGUGCAACACUUCUGCUGAAUCCCGGAAUGACUGACUGUUCUUACAAAAACCACUAAAUAACUUAUUUUUCUAGAGCUUGUCUUUAUUGCUGCAAAUGUUGAUCUUCCUCCCUCCCCCACUCCCAAGAGAUACUUAUUUUCCUUGUGUUCAAAGUUGUUUGAUGUAUGUGUACUGAAUGUUCAGGAUUAGCUGUCUAUAUUGCAUAUUUAAAUCCCACAUUUUCUUGUCUAAAGAUCAGGUAAGAUGUCCUAAUAAUGCCCCAUCAGCAGCUGGGCUACUCAGCAGCUUAAGUGUCCAGUUUGGAUAGCUUGUGGGGAGGCCUUGGAAAUCAAUGUAUUAUUGUUAGAGCCUGCUGAAUACAAGCAAGCUUUCUUCCAGAAAACGGAAAAGUUCAGGUGAGCUGCAACUAAAGCACAACUGCUGCUACAUGGGCUCAGUGUCUAAAGCAAUAAGAUACAGUAGGCAUGAGGACUCCUUGGCAAUUUCUAGCCUGCCUGGUGUGGUGGUGGGGUAGAUGUGAGGUCAGAGGUCAGUGUAAUUAUCUUUAAUGUGCAGUAGUUGUUCAGAGAAUUGUUGUCAGGCUUAUGGCCCUUUAGACUGUGAAACAGCUCUGUUUGUGUGAUUCCUGUGGGAUGGUGGCAUUGCUAAUGAGGAGCCUGGUAGCUUCAGCAGCAGCAGCACUGGGCUUUAAAGCCAUUUCCAUAUACCCCAUUGAGCCCUGCCAAAGGGCAUCACAGUCCUUGCUCCUCUGCUUUCUAAAUACUCUGUGUUCACAGACCUUUCUGUUGUUUGAUUUUUUCCUUUUUUUUUAAUUAAUAGCCUAAUUGUCAAAUGUUUGAUUCAUCUCUGUGUGACUCUUUUGGUAGCAGUAGAAUCUCUUUGUUUCAAAAUCCAUAAUUUUGAUUGUGCCCCUUAGAGUUUGAAGCUGUGGGGAUGCUUACUCAAGUGUGCUCUGUCCUGAAAGCCUUCUUCUCUCCCCUUUGAGAGAGAUGCUCAUUGUAGUUCUGGUGUGUAAAUAGUGUUUGAAAUGUAAAUAGUAGCAUGCAGAUUAAAUGAUUCUUGCACACGACUGCUUUUCACCCUGAAAGUGUUUAUUGUGGAUAGGAAAGGUGUCCACCGUGAGAGUUUGCUGGUGAGUCCUGUGUGGUGGUCCAGGCUGUCCCUCACACCGGGGGUGCGGCCUGAGCACCUCAGCUGCCUGCGCUUGCAUGUCUGCCCAGCGGGCAGGCGGGUGGCAGCACCUCAGAAAGGUGGAGCCCUGGCCACCCUUUCGGGCUCUGGGCAAUGGCAGGACCUCCUUUGCCUUUUCCCUUUGCUGCUUGGCAUUAGAACAGCAUUAGACUGUAAAGUGGAGGGUUGGUGUCAGCACCUCCAGUUAUGGGAGGUUGCCAUCCCUUUGUGGCGGGACUAAACAUGGUGCUAUAAGAACUGUCCUGGACGUCAAUCUGUGUUUUUACUACUUUAGAGUUACCCUUGGUAAAAUUGGUUCUGAUUAAUAUGGUUGGUAACAAGAGAAACUAUUGUGUGAGUUUUUGAUUCCGUUUCCUUUCUUGCUGUGUGUGCCUUUUGGUGCAUUGAAAUGGCAGUUCUGCAAAUACCUAGGAAGGAAAUUAGACUUUAAGAGGUGUCAAGUACUCCUGAAGAUUCAAGUUCCUCCCUCCCAUUUUUGUUUUCUUUCUGAAUCUUUUUCAGAUACCUAUAAUAGGUGAUGAAACUGUCUAAAGCAAACAAAACAAUACUACCCUGAUCCAUUAGCUACCAAAUUUUGCCACUUGAAGAAAUAAAAAAAUCAGUCUCCCUUAACAUGCAGGAUACAAAGAAGUGUUUGUGACUACUAGCGUGCACCAGGCAGCACUGCUAGCUGUCUUUUGUGUUUUGGCAAUAUAAGUGUGUUAAUAAAAAACUCUAUGCCUACAUGUGUUCAUGUUCACGCUGUGUACAUAGUAGUGAUGGACCUGAAUACCACCUUGAGCUCUGGGGAGAUUGGGAUUUGGGUUUUGUGACUCAGACCCAUUUCUGAUACGUAUAUUCCAGAUUAGUUCCGGCUGAAUCUCUUUUUCUGGUUCAUCCUAAGGUGUACAGCAAGGUGUUGAUAUUUACCCUUUGUGUAUCAUUCCUUUUUAUAUGAAUGUACUCUCUUGUGUUCCUUUUUUUAUCAGUUGUAAAAUUGAUUGUAAAAGCCAACUACACUUACCGAUUGAAAGUAUUGCUAUAACAGAACUGCAUGCCCAGUAGAGUUUGACUUGAGCUUUAGUUUUCUGAUUUUGGAUUGGUUCCCUUCAGUCUAGGAGAAAAGCAUAGAUCAGGUGCAUAAUGUAUUACUUGUCAUCUUUAGCAUUAGACUGUGGUAUUGUAUCACAUGCUGAUCUCAAUGGAUGUAACUGGAGUCUACUUAGGAAGUUAAUGCAACUUCCUGGUAAUUCAUUUUAAGCUAUUGAAAGUGGUCUUGGUCAUGCUACUUGUGUUCUUGGGUUUUUGUUUUUUAAUAGAGGCAUUUUUUAGGAAUGUUUUAAUACACUUAUGAUGGACAAUACAAUAGUUUUAAUAGUCGUGCAGUAUUCUGUAUUUACUUGAAGUAAAUCAUUUUAUAUGCAAUUUGUUAGAUAAUUACACUUUUAUAAAUAAAACUGUGUGAAAUAUGA